AUUUUAAACCAGCAUUGUGGAAGAAUGCAACUUUAUAUCCAGGUCUCUUCUUCAGGCAGUUUAAUGGAUAAAAAUUUGGAAAACAACAGCAUUAAAAAAUCGGUUCUUCUACUUUGCCCUGAAGAUGUUUAUGGCAUUGGUGCAACAGAAUGGCAGAUCCCAAAAGAAAUUACGGAAAACCUCUCUGACAAAUUAAGUCUUAAUGUAUCAAUUCAAGUGUAUAAUGUAAAGAAUGCUAAGCUGGUUAAACCAAAGCUCAGAUUCAAGUUGUUUCUGCACACCACCGCUAAAUUUAAUGCAGUAACUGCUGUAGAAGUGGGACCGCUAUCUUACAGCCAGUAUCUUUCCACUGUUUCGUCUCAAGUUGAUGCAAGUAUUUUGAUCAGUGACCACUUUGUGCAUGCGGUCAAAAAUAUCAAUGUAAACUUUACUGUACCAGUUACAGCUGAAAUAUGUGGCUUACAUCCUGGCUAUGUAACUGUGGUUGUGCAUGGGGACUCUGCAGCAGAAUAUGAAACUAUCACCCAAAAUAAUUUUGCAACUACUGUUAUUAACUCAACAAUAUGGAAUUCCUUGUGCUCGGGUAAAGAUUCCAAGCCAGCCAAUGGGAUUUGGUUUGCUCUGGAUUCUGCAGAAGUUGCUUUGGUCCCUGGAGAACCAGGAAAUUCUUCGGAAUAUCGUUCAUUUACAUUCAAUGUUGGUUUUAGUAUCGUCCGUAAUGACAGUGAACUCGCUGCUUCCUCUAUAGCUCAACUGGACAUAGUUUCUCAGUUGGAAUUCUGUCUCACAUAUCACAAUGGAAAGUGUAUUGACCAUCAGUAUUCAAUACCCUUGACAAUGAAUGAAUAUACAUUGAAUUCAGCAAGUUCGUUUUACGCUAAUGGUUAUGACUACAAUAUCGACCGAAGUCAUUCAUUGUACGAACAUGCUGAUGAUUUGUGCAGAAACUUUGGCUACAGACUUGCCAUUUUAAAAGACCCUGCUUUUAUCCCUGUUUUUGCAUGGUAUGCUCAUAUUAAUGGACUUAAUAGAAGGAUAUGGAUAGGUACGGACUCUGUGUUGAAAUAUGGUGAUUGGCUUUGGCAGGAUGGAACUGAAGUUCUUUUACCAAGAAAAUCUACCUACACACAAUCAAAUAUAUUGGAGGGGUGGAAUAAUGGUCAACCAAACCUGUAUAGUGAAAUAUAUAAUUGUGGAGUUAUCUUAUAUCAAAGCAGCACUGAAGCAGCUCUUGAAGGUUAUGUUUGCUAUGCACAAUUGUAUCGUCUCUGCCAAGGACCUUUUCAAGCAACGAAAUCUGCAACUUUUUCUUUGACAAAGAAACAAGUGUUUGAAAGAUGUGGUCAAAAUGAUGCCAAAGUGAAGGUUUCAUUUCGCAACAGAAGUAACAGGAAAGGAAUCAUGACUUCUAAGUUGGUCACAAUUCCUAAGUUAGAUGAUGCAAUCUGUGAAGGUUUUUGUGACCUUCGUGUAACUCACUUCUCAAUGGAAACAAAUGGAACAAGUUGGAUAAAUCUAAAAUAUUCACUAAGUGCUCAGAUUAUUUUUACUAACGAUGUUUACUUUAAUGAGUUGGGAUACAAUGCUCACAUUGUUAUGUUAGCAUCUGACCAUAAACCCUUCCUCUCAUCUGCUUUAAUUGAACAAAUUAAAUCAAAUCUUGGAAUAUCUAAAACUACUCUCAUUACUACAGGUAUAUAUCAACUACCUGUUAUGCUAAACCUUCAGCAAGAUUAUGAGCUACGUAAAGAUCGGUAUACACAGGAAAAAAGCUUUGCUUCAAGCGAAAAUGUUAAUUUAAAUGGAGACCUUAAUCUAAAGGAUUACAUUGACAAUCGGCAAUCAAUGUGUGGUAGCUUUGUAUAUGUGACAGUGGUAAUACUUCCAAAUAUUCAAGUUCUCGGCAAUGAGCUGGACACAUACAAUAAUUCAGACAACACAGCCUCCUUUAAACUUUAUUUCCCCUGCCCACAGUCUAACAUCUUAAAAUAUAACAUUUCCGGAUCAAAAGAAACUCAAGUAAUUUAUCCAGAGUUGGAAUCUAAGGUCUCACUGACAGUCAAUGUAGAAAAUCAGUAUUCAGAUGUAUCGGCUUUUCCAAAAUUCAGCCACUUUCGCUCUAAAACUGCUAUAAUUGUCUCCAAUGCCCACUUUACUCUAAACCGGACAAGCCUGGCUUGUCAUCAUAUCAGCAAAGUGAAUCAACUUGAAUGCUCUUACAAUUUGCUCCCAAACUCAGAUAUUCGCUUGCACAACAAUCAUGUAGAACAUUCUAACUCUUCAAAACAGUUUCAUGUUCUAGCAAGUUUCAAUAUUACCCGAAGCAUUUGUCAGACAGUGAAACAGAUAUGCCUUGUACCAGUGAAUUUAGUCCUAAACAGCGAGGAUAUCGUCCUAAAUCAAAGCUUGUGCAUUCCAGUUAAAACAGAUACUUCUCUUUAUCCAGUGCCAACCCAAACACAUCACAAUUGUGGUAAUUUCACAAAUUCUGGCACUUUUUGUCUUACGAAGUCAACAUUACCAAAGGAACAUGGGAUUUUAAAAUUCUGUAAACAUUCUAUCAUCUUGAUGAAUGAUUCAUUUUCAUGGCAGCCUUUAUCAUACAACUUACGCAACUCAAGUUCGGAAGUAUUGCUGAAUAUUUCUUUUCUAAACUUGGGGCAGUCUUUUUCAUUUAGUGACAACAACAUUUCAUUUCAGCUCUUUGCUUCUCCUACGAAACUCAAUGGUAGCAUUAAUGGCAUUGCAAUAACAAAAAAAACAUUUCUUCCGGUUCAGGAACUUGCUAACAUACAUCCUUGGUUUGAAUAUGGGGAUCUUCUUACAAAUGCCCAUCGUGUUUAA